GCUCAGGAGUGUACCACAGACUUCUGUCCAUCUGUAAUUUUUCUUUUGGGGUCAUCGUAGCGGAGUGAACUAUGUGUUGGCAUGGUGACGAGGAGGAUGAGGACAGCUCAGAGAGUGACCCGGGUGGGCUGUCUGUUCUGGAGCAGCUUGGCCUGGACCAGAACUCGGACUUCUCCGACUCCAGCGUGCAGCAGCUUUUGGAUGAGCAGCGAGAAAGAAUCCGCAGAGAGAUUCGAAAGGAGCUGAAAAUCAAGGAGGGAGCUGAGAACCUACGCAGGGCGACGACUGACAAGAGGAACGCACAGCAGGUGGACAGCCAGUUGCGUUCCUCUAACCGUAAGCUGGACAACCUACACGCUCAGCUGCAAGAACUGGAUGCUCACAUCGUGGUGAAGGGAGGAGAGGAGAAUAAAGAUGAGUGUCCUCAGUCUCCCGGGGCGGAGAGUCGUACGUCAGCCCACAAGGAGCGCAUCGCUGCCCUGGAGAGACAGCUCAACAUCGAGCUCAAAGUCAAACAGGGAGUUGAAAACAUGAUCCCCAUCUACGCCAAUGGAUCCACCAAGGAUAAGAAGAUGCUGCAGACGGCCCAGCAGAUGCUGCAGGACAGUAAGACCAAAAUUGACAUCAUCCGCAUGCAAAUCCGCAAGGCUGUUCAGGCCACAGAGCACAAUGACGACACACAGGGUAACCAGGACCUCUGCGGGAUGGAGCUGCGUAUCGAAGAGCUGAGGCAUCACUACAGGGUAGAGCAUGCUGUCGCUGAGGGGGCCAAAAAUGUGCUCAGGCUCCUAGGGGCCAGCAAGGUCCAAGACAAGAAAGCCCUCUCUGAGGCGCAGUCUCGUCUGAGCGAGGCGUCUCAGCGGUUAGACCUGCUGAGGGACUCUCUGGACCAGCGUCUUGCAGAGCUGCCGGAGGACCAUCCCAAGGCCAGCAUCAUCAAAGAGGAGCUUGUCCUGGCCUCCUCCCCUGUCUUCAGCUCUCGCCAUGGCGCCCCCUACCUCCACAACCAGUACAGCACCCUCAACAAGCCCUCUCCUCUCACUGGUACCUUACAGGUGCAGCUGCUGGGCUGCGUGGGCCUGUUGGAGGUGGUCCCAGGUCGCAGUAAAGGGACAGCCGUCAUGCUGCCCUGCUACAGCCCCGGAGACACCAGGUCCUUCAUGAGAGGCAGCAAGGGACUGUACGGACGGAGCGGCUCAGUCAGCGGGAAGACGCCCAGCAAGACAGACGAGCUCUCCUCUGAGGUGAGUGCCGUGCUGAAGCUGGAUAAUACCGUGGUGGGUCAGACACCGUGGAAGACUGUGGGAGAGCAGGCCUGGGACCAGACCUUCACUGUGGAGCUGGAAAGGUCCAGGGAGAUGGAGAUUGCAGUCUACUGGAAGGACUACCGCUCGCUGUGCGCUCUGAAGUACCUGAAGCUGGAGGAGUUCCUGGACAACCAGAAACACAGAGUUCAGCUGGAGCUGGAGCCUCAGGGCCUGCUGCUGGCCGAGGUGACCUUCUUUAACCCGGUCAUUGAGAGAGUUCCUCGCCUCCAGAGACAGAAGAAGGUCUUUUCUAAGCAGCAAGGCAAGGCUUUCCUUCGGGCUCGUCAGAUGAACGUGGAUAUCGGGACGUGGGUGAGGCUGCUUCGAAACGCCAUCCCCACCGUCAACAACUCAGGAACCUACAGUCCCAACGCACACAGCCUCACACUCAACUCCGGGGAGGUCUCCAUAGAGAAGUUGAGUCUGGACAGCGACUCUCCAAUAAGAGGCGAUUACAAGAGAGACACGGACGUACACACCCCGGACCGACUGCCCGUCAUCGAGCCCUUCUCCCCCCCAGACCUCACCCCUGAGUGCCCUGUCCGAACCCCGUCCGUGGGCAGUAAACAGAGGAAAGGUCCUCUGUCUCUCCAGGACUUCAGGCUGAUCGCUGUGUUGGGCAGGGGACACUUUGGGAAGGUGUUGUUGUCAGAAUACAAGAAGACGGGCACGAUGUACGCCAUUAAAGCUCUGAAGAAAGGCGAUAUCGUAGCUCGGGAUGAGGUGGAAAGUCUGAUGUGCGAAAAGCGCAUCUUUGAGAUCGUCAACCUGUCGCACCAUCCGUUCCUGGUCAACCUGUUUGCGUGUUUCCAGACUCCAGAGCACGUGUGUUUUGUGAUGGAGUACACCGCUGGAGGCGACCUGAUGAUGCACAUCCACACAGACGUCUUCACAGAGCCACGAGCUGUGUUUUAUGCGGCCUGCGUAGUUCUUGGACUUCAGUUCCUUCAUGACCAUAAGAUUGUGUACAGAGACCUCAAACUUGACAACCUGCUGCUAGACACAGAUGGCUACGUGAAGAUCGCUGACUUUGGACUGUGCAAAGAAGGAAUGGGCUUUGGGGACCGUACCAGCACAUUUUGUGGGACUCCAGAGUUUUUGGCCCCGGAGGUCCUAACAGAUACAUCCUACACUAGAGCAGUUGACUGGUGGGGACUGGGGGUCCUCAUCUAUGAAAUGUUGGUGGGAGAGUCUCCAUUCCCAGGUGAUGAUGAAGAGGAGGUGUUUGACAGCAUUGUGAAUGAUGAAGUCCGCUAUCCACGCUUCCUGUCCACUGAAGCCAUCGGCAUCAUGAGACGGCUGUUGAGGAGGAAUCCAGAGAGAAGACUGGGCUCUGGUGAAAAGGAUGCAGAGGAGGUGAAAAAGCAGCCAUUUUUCAGGAAUGUGGACUGGGAGGCUUUGCUUCAGAGGAAGGUGCCCCCUCCCUUCGUCCCCAUUGUCGGCAAAGAAGACGUCAGCAAUUUUGACGAGGAGUUCACCACUGAAGCUCCGACACUCACGCCUCCACGUGAGCCUCGCGUGCUCACUCGCAAAGACCAGGACAGCUUCCGGGACUUUGACUACGUCUCUGACCUCUGCUAGUGGAGCUGACGUAGAGGAAUGUUUGAUUUUUUUUUUUUUUAAGUCUUCACGACGGUUUCAACUAAGUGUCUGCUGACUGUUUGUCUGCCGUCAAUUACACUGUGAAUGAACGCGGAGAGACCGAAGGCAGUCGGUUUGUGUUUUGUGUUUUAAAGAUGGAGGACUGAGUCAAUAAAAGCCUGGACAUCUAGCUGGUGGGGUAAAAUGUUAGACAAACACAGACUCCCCCUCUCCAAUCAUUGUUCAAACACACCAGUGACUUGUGUAUGUUUUUAGCCUUUAAAAUGCCGCCUCCCAUCCUGUCAUCCCGCGGUCACCUGUGCAGCUGUGAGAGGAGGAGCUGGUGACUGUUUGGGGGUAGUUUCAUGGCCUCUCAUACCAAUGCCUUACAUUUGUACUUGUAUUUGAUCCACAGAUUUGUUUUUUUUAAAUUUGUGGUUGUUUGUGUACAGCAGCAGGAAGAGGAGGAGUGAUUCGACGUGCUGUAGAAAGACUUUGUUUUUUAGAAAGAGGAUUUUCUCGUCAGAGUGGAAACAUUAAGAAUGAGUUGCUUUCGCAGCAGUCGUAUGAUGACCCUCGGUGAUGCAGACUGUUGCUGGGCAAAGUAUGAGUUCAAUAUGGGGUAAAGAACCACUUUUAUUAAUUUACUUUGGACUUCUAUCAGCUACUUUUUAAAAAACGUGUGCUGCUUGGAUUUUAAUGUCUGCCUCAAAUGUUACAGCAAUUUGCAAAUCAUAUUUUAUGACAGUUGAAUGCAUCAUUCAAUACCCAACACAUACUCUUUAAUUGGAUAUUUGGGUAUUACACAUAGUUUGAUUGAAGAAACAGGUGUAGCAGACACAGAAUCACAACCAUUAGCAGAAAAGAUACGUGUCGGGCAGGUUGUUUCAUUUUUGUUUCAAUUGAAAGAAAAAAAACUAACGAACACUAAGAGUAAGGAGUCUGUCCGUGGUGACUUUGAGACAUGUUCAUCCAGUCGUCUACAUGCUGCCAGAGUUUUGUGAACAUGUAGUAAAUAAUUUCCCUCCAAGACAAUUACAUGUGACUGUAAACUCAACAAACACCGGCUCUAAAAGUUGUUUUAGUGUGUUUGAAAAACUCGUUUUCAGAUUUAUCCGCCGUGGUCAUUGCAGGGUUUCCAUCCUAGUGACAAAAUUAUCUCCGUUUCAGCCGAAAACCGAUUGCUAUCUUUGUGAUUUUGGAAAAUCUGGGUGGUGCCACAAGCAAAACAAACCUCAUUAGCCACUUUUCCACUGUGGAGCUCGCUGCAGUGAGCGCUGCCUUAGAUCUCGCCGUAAUAAUACAUUUCUAAAUGAAGAAUAUCAUUUGAAACAUGAUAGAUGUCAGAAAAUAUGAGCCAGUGGUAUGAACUUCUGUCACACUUUACAUUUCAGAGUAAAGGAGGAGGUUUGUUGUGUAUGUAUGGUGAUGUGGAUUUUACUCAUCUUGUUUAUGACAAUACGAAACCAUGUGAGAGUAUGAGAUGACUUAUUUUAUAAAGAAACGCUGGAGUGGA